AUGCUUGUUACUAGACACAUAGUCAGGCGUCUGUCUGCUUCAUAUAGGCUUUUGGAGACGUCCAAGAAGAGAACAGUGGAAGACAUGACGCAAGAGAUGCUGCAGAUGCCCGUUUCAAAAGUACCUCCGACUAUUCAAAGAUUCACCAGCUCUUUGAAGAUGAAAUUCAAGUCAGAUGGGCUUGAUCAAUCUGUCAAAUCAAUCCUGGACCGCGCAUCAGCUCAACUUUAUUACAAUUGUGCAGACAAUUAUGAUUUCCGAAAGUUAUGUGAAGCUUUUGGUCUGGGCGACUACAUGUCUUCUUGGUACAAGUUGACACUGAUGCACACAUGGAUGGUUCUGAUGAGACUGCAUUCAGAGUUUGAUGGAAAAGCAUACAUGAGAUUGCAGAGAGGUCUUCUUUCUACGAUGUGGUUGGAUAUUGAUCACAGCAAAGAGUUGAACCAAAUCAUGACAGGGAAGAACGAUAUGAAGCAUAUGCACGGAUUACAUUUACAAACAUUUUUCGAAUAUGAUGAGGGUUUCCUUCACGAUGACCGAGUUCUUGCUGGUGCAAUAUGGAGAUGCUUGUACAUGAAUCGGGAAGUAGACCCAGUUCAUUUGCUAAAAGUUGUCACGUAUAUGAGGUCUACAGUCGCUUGGCUUGAAACGCAGGACACUAACCAAAUCCUCGUUGAAGGCAUUUCAGAGUGGAAGCAACUUCGAUCAACGUCCUCUUAA